CGUGGUGCGUGUAUGGUGUACAUGCAUCUGUACGACGAGUGUGAGGCUGCGAGUUCGUUUCACUCCAUUAUUAUUUCGAAAAUGAUGAGCAUUCCCGCGGUCCCGAAGUGAUUCAGUGUCGAAGUAUUUCAGUCCGUUUUCACGGCUGAGCCACGAUGGUUGAAUCAAUAGGGAACCACGUCACUGAGAAUCAGUGGUUUUAAGGUGGGACUCGAGGAAUCGUAAAAUGGCUACAAAAACAGAGGAUGCCACGUCUAUUGAUAAUACCAACGAUGGAGAAAGCAUGGACAAGGAGGUAUUAGCGAUUAGUGGGAAUGAUGAAACCGGUCAUCGUAUACCACCCACGUAUUUGUACAAUACAGGUUCAGAAUCGAACACCGGAUUAUCUAAUCAAGAGCAAAGUAAUAGAAAUCGUAAUCAAGCCACCAAUGACCAAUUGGGACCUUUACCACCGAAUUGGGAAAAGGCUUACACGGAAACCGGGGAAGUUUAUUUUAUAGACCAUAACACGGGUACCUCUCACUGGUUAGAUCCACGUUUAUCUAAAUUUCAAAAACGAUCUCUCGAAGAGUGUUUGGACGACGAGCUGCCUUACGGUUGGGAGAAAAUAGAUGAUACGCUCUACGGUACAUAUUUUAUAGACCAUGUAAAUCGUAGAACGCAAUAUGAGAAUCCAGUGUUGCAAGCGAAACGCGCUCAGCAAAGUUUAGGAGAGAGAAAGAGUCCUAAUUUUACUAGAAAUCCUGACAAAUUGAAAGGUCAGAGAAUAAGGACAACGUUGAUCAAAAGUUCAAGGGGGCUAGGAUUCACUAUUGUCGGGGGGGAUGAUUCGGUGGAGGAAUUUUUACAAAUAAAAAGUGUUGUUCCAAACGGUCCGGCGUGGUUAGAUGGGAAAUUACAAACUGGGGAUGUUUUAGUAUAUGUUAACGAUACGUGUGUCUUGGGUUUCACACACAAUGAAAUGGUAAAUGUAUUUAAAUCAAUUGGAAGUGGCGAAACGGUUACGUUGGAGGUAUGUCGGGGAUAUCCAUUGCCAUUUGAUCCAAAUGAUCCAAAUACAGAAGUUGUUACCACUAUCGCUGUUAAUGCACCAGACAUUUUGACAGAAGAUCCCAGGAUGUACAUGGAUCUGGAACCAGCUUUGCAAAGCAACGAUCGUUUCAAUUUUCUGGACUCUACGUUUUUGCCAGUGCAUAGUCUUCAAAACGGUGAAAAUCUUGCUACGACCUCGGUAAACUCGAUGCCUGAUCUCUGCAUAUCCGACAAAAUUAAUACAAUUAAAAGGCCCAGUAGUACAGAUAUUCUUUUGUCGGAGAGCAGCGACUUGAACGAUUGCAAGGAUUCGCCAAUGUCUUCCAAACCGGAGUUUCUCAGUAUUGCUAUAGUGAAAGGAACCAUGGGCUUUGGGUUCACAAUAGCAGAUUCAGCUCAUGGCCAAAAGGUUAAAAAGAUCUUGGACCGUCAGCGGUGUAAGAAUUUGAUGGAAGGUGACAUUUUAGUCAACAUAAAUGAUGUUAACGUAAGAAACAUGUGUCACUCGGAAGUGGUGCAAGUGCUGAAAGAUUGUCCACGCAACGAAGAAGCAUUGAUACAUGUGCAAAGAACAACAUCGAAGUCGAAUGAAAAGAAGGAAAAGAAUUCUCAAGACUUCUUCAGGAGUAAGACGCCAACUGCUGAUAUUUACAGCACUCAAACAAAGGCUGUUGUACCAAGCCGACCAAAAACACCGCUCAUAGACACCAGAAGUCAUCCAAAAUCACCAACGAAUGCAAUCAGGUCGAAUUGGAACGAGCAAAGUGAAAAUGAAUUAAAUCCGCUCGAUAAUCGAUACAAAUACGCGGAAUAUAGUCAUGGCAUUUAUUAUACCGAUCCGUACAAAGCGAACAUUACAAAUUUAUCCGAUAAUUUUGCCGUGAUGACGAAUUUAGAUGAUGACUCUGUGAGAAAUACCGCGAAACGGGAUUGGGUUACUAACGACAAAUUAAACAUAAACAAUGACGUAUAUUCUAUCGAUAUCCCUCACCACGAUAACAUGUUGAAACAAAACGGAUGUUUACGUUCAGAUUAUUAUAAAGAACUGUACACGUCGCAGUCUCAUUCCCAGUACAGCGAACAAGAUUAUAAUGUAUAUUCCAUCGGUCAAGAGCAGAAUGUUGAUACCGGUGAAAUAUGGGACAAACGAAAAGAGACUACAAGUUUCGAGCAUGAGCAACCACAUUCCAGUUCGAUACCGCGAUAUCCUCAAUACACCAACGAAUUAGUAUGUCCAAUCGUGCCUGAUAUAGAGUGGAUAGAGACAUUGGUAACUUUAGUGAGGCAAGAUACAGGUUUUGGAUUUAGAAUAGUGGGUGGUACGGAGGAGGGAUCUCAACAGGUCUCGGUUGGACAUAUAGUACCUGGCGGUGCAGCUGAUUUAGAUAACAGAUUGAACACAGGCGAUCUAAUCAUGUCCGUUGACGGUGAAAGUGUUAUGAACUCGUCCCACCACCAUGUUGUUCAGUUGAUGAUAGCCGCCGCUCAAAACGGCAGGGUCACUUUAGGCAUACGUCGUAGAAUUAACACUCAGGAACAUCUUCCAGAAAAUCUCCAAGCUCCAUAUAGUAGACAAAUGAAUCUCCAAUAUCCUUACGACGUGACAGUCACUAGAAUGGAGAACGAAGGUUUUGGCUUCGUAAUUAUCUCCUCGGUGAACAAAGCGGGCUCGACGAUUGGCAGAAUAAUCGAAGGCUCGCCCGCGGAAAGAUGCGGGCAAUUAAACGUCGGAGAUCAUAUUCUUGCCGUUAAUCACGUGGAUAUUACAAAUGUCUGUCACAAGGAUAUCGUGAAUUUAAUUAAAGACUCCGGGUAUUCUGUUACUUUGACGAUCGGUUAUCCUCUUGACGAUUGUUGCAGCAAUACCUCUCUUUCUCAAAAGGAUGAACCAACGUGUGACGGGGAUGGAGGCCAAUACCACGCUGUUGAAUUAACUCGUGGAACUCGAGGAUUUGGCUUUAGUAUUCGCGGCGGUCGUGAAUUUCAAAAUAUGCCGUUAUUUGUUUUGCAAAUCGCAGAGAAUGGUCCUGCGUCUAUCGAUAAUCGAUUGAGAGUCGGGGAUCAAAUUAUCGAGAUAAAUGGAAUCAAUACUAAAAACAUGACACACACAGAGGCCAUUGAAAUUAUACGAAACGGUGGACCAUCCGUCCGACUUUUAGUUCGGCGUGGUUGUCAAAUGCCUUCAGUGAGUAAUCUCACAAUCGACCAAAUAAGUAUUCGACCGGUUGAUGAGGGCACCCCACGCAGACAUUUAUUGAAAUUACACGAGAUGGGUGUGCACCCUAAAAAACGUCAGAAAGUUCGAUUUUUCAUUUUACUAAACUGCUGUUCAUCCAAAAAUAGAUAUUUAUGAUAAGCGUAUUUAGCAUUAACGACAAGGACAUUUUUGGUCGUGUCUACGUUAUUGAUUCGAUAAGUUGAUAUUUUACGUGGUUAAAUAUUAACUUUUGGGAAGUGAAUCUCCUUAAGAUUGUUUAAUGCAUAGUCUGGUGAUCUUGGAUUUUUAAACGAUGAAUUUGUAUUAGAGUUCAUUGCGUAAAACUGUCUGGCUGUAAAGAUGUAUAUGAUAUGUCGAUGGAGUACGAUCUAUUUGGAGGCAAAUAGCAUCGAUACGUCCCACGUAGUGCAUUGAAGUCAGGUAUUUUAGUAUUUAUAUAGGAAACCAAUUUUGCACUGAUAACAUUCUGAAUAAGAGAAAUCGUAAGCUGGAAAGAUAUUGAAUACGUUUAGUGUUUUUUACAUUUUACAUCGUAAAUUUUUAUAUAUUUAAAUGUUCAUGUUAUGACGUUAUUGUGGCCUUGAUCAUGAAUUUAAAUACUUUCCAGCGUAAUUCAAUUGUCUUACAUUUUUAGCAGCAUUUAAAAAGAGGUAUUGUCGAUAUUAUUUUCGUUUUAAGUAUUUAUUAUGACUGUAUGAAAUAUGUAUGUAUAGCAAUAAUUAAAUUAAGUACUGAUUACAACCAAAGAAGCAUAUGCACUUGUCGAUCACUUUGUCUUGGGGUGCAAUGCAGAAAGAACAAUGUAAAAGGCAAUUGCAUUAACUAUUUAAAGUUUUCUUUUGAAACAUUGUCUCUUGCUGAUUGUUCAGUGACAUUUGUAAUAAAUGGAUAAUGACCGGAGAAGAAAUCUUGAAUUAGCAAAGAUCAUAAAAAAAAAAAAGAAAAAACUUUUAUUGUUAAUACAACCUCUUCCUGUCUUUUUGCGAUACUUAGAUACAUUGAAUAUUUAAAAACUAAUAAAUAUAUUUUUUUACUAGUAAGUUCAUAACGACUAGAGAGAAAAAAAAAUAAGAUGUUGUUUGGUAAACGAAAUAAGUAAGAAUGAAUUAGAUUAUAUUUUUAAAUCUAAUUAAUGUGAAACAAAGACCAGCGGUUAUGAUGCCUGACAACAGGCGGGAACAAUCGUAAUUGUUCAUUAUUUGCUGGAACGAGCAAUUUUACUGUAAGCAACAGUAAUUGCAUUUAAAGUGGAUCAUACUUUUUACCCUAUACUGUAGCUAUUGUGUUUAUUUUUUAUAAUUAUAUAU